AUGAGUUCAAGGUGUGGUGUGCUCAAUGAACAGAGACUCAGCUCGGGAUUGUUGUGUUACCGUUGGCAUUUGCAGCAGCACGAGAACGCUGUGGAGGGCGAGUCGAGCUACUACCACUGUGUCCUGUGUAACUACUCCACCAAGGCCAAGUUGAACCUCAUCCAACACGUCCGUUCCAUGAAGCACCAGCGCAGCGAAAGCCUGCGGAAGCUGCAGCGCCUGCAGAAGGGCUUACCUGAGGAAGAGGAGGAGUUGAGCGCCAUCUUCACCAUUCGCAAAUGCCCUUCUGCCGACAUGGGAGAGCUGAGUGAGGAUGUGGAGGCUGCCAGUGAAACCACCACAGAUCAGGAGGACCAAACCAAAGACAGAGAGUGUGGGGGGGAGAGGGAGCUCACCAAAGGGACAGCAUCCAACCAAUCGGAGAGGGAUCAGACGGAUUCCCCGGUCCCCUCCAAGCGGCCUUCUUCGAGGUCUGAGGCAGCAGAAAGCCCCCUCUCAUCGAAACGACCCAGGACCACUGAGAAGAGCAGUGGAGAGCAGAUGUACCAGUGCCCCUACUGCAAGUUCAGCAACACAGAUCUGAACCGGCUCAGAAUGCACGUGAUGACGCAGCACUCAGUGCAGCCCAUGUUCCGCUGCCCGCUGUGCCAGGACAUGCUCAACAACAAGGUCCACCUGCAGUUCCAUCUCACUCACCUCCACAGCGUGGCACCAGACUGCGUCGACAAGCUAAUUGCCACAGUGGCAGCAUCAGAAGUACUGCCAGCAAGCAUGUUCAUACCAGUCCCUGGACCAGAGAUAGAUACUCAAACCGCACCUCAGUCCAUGGUCAACUCAAACUCUGAUGACAUUAAGAAACAAUCAGAGGUGGCAGAUGUUGAGCCUGAAAAAGGAGUUUGUCUGGCCUCAGACACUGUUGAAGCUCGCAAGUCUCCUCUUGAGGAACAGCAGCCUGCAAGAGAUGAUUCCACCGGUUUCCUUUGCUGGAAAAAGGACUGUAAUAAAGUCUUUAAAUCCUCCAAUGCCCUUCAGAUGCACUUCAAUGAGGUCCACAAUAAAAGGCCCCAACUGCCUGUCUCUGAUCGUCAUGUCUACAAAUAUCGCUGCAACCAGUGUAGUUUGGCAUUCAAGACAAUAGAGAAACUUCAGCUGCAUUCCCAAUACCAUGUAAUCAGAGCAGCCACAAUGUGCUGUUUAUGCCAGCGCAGCUUCAGGACCCUACAGGCACUUAAGAAGCAUCUGGAGACCAGUCACCUGGAGUUGAGUGAAGUUGACAUCCAGCAGCUCUAUGGAGGUUUACUGAUGAAUGGAGACCUAAUGAUUAUGGGUGAUCCCUCACUUGGAGAGGACCAGGGAGCUCUUAUUGAUGAUGAGAAAGAGGGAGACGAAAGUGACCCAGAGGAAAAGCAAAGCCCAACUGGCAGUGACUCUGGAUCUUUGCAAGAAGAUUCUGGAUCUGAACCCAAGCGAGCCCUGCCAUUUAGGAAAGGCCCCAACUUUACUAUGGAGAAGUUUCUAGAUCCGUCCCGUCCUUUCAAGUGUACAGUCUGCAAAGAGUCAUUUACCCAAAAGAAUAUUCUUCUUGUACACUACAACUCUGUGUCUCACUUACACAAAGUCAAAAGGGCUCUACAGGAAUCCACCACCGGUCAGCCAGAGCCUACCAGCAGCCCUGAUAAUAAACCCUUCAAGUGCAGCACUUGCAAUGUAGCAUACAGCCAGAGCUCUACACUGGAGAUUCACAUGCGCUCUGUUCUUCAUCAAACCAAGGCCAGGGCAGCAAAGCUUGAAGCAGCUGGCGGCACUUCUAGUGCUGUUAGCAGUAGUGGCCCAAGCGGAAGCACUUCCAAUAGCACUUCAACCCCAAGCCCUAUUCCAGCCACUAACUCAACUACCAGCUCCAGCAAGAGCAGCAGCUCUCCAGCUGGAGCUCAGACAGCACAGAGCAUCAUGGGAGGUAAUCAUCUGUCAAGUCAUUCUCACAAUGUUGAGAAUUUGGGUAACUCAGCCUGUCAUCCCUCUCCUUCUGAGAAUCAUGAAGUGAAAAAGAAGAAAUUUACAGAUAUGCUAUCCUCGAGGGGUCAUCAGCAGCAGCUCCAGCAACAGCAGCAGCAGUUGGCCCAGGCUCAAGCACAGGCACAGGCUCAGCUCCAACAAGAGCUCCAGCAGGCUGCUCUCCUUCAGUCCCAGCUUUUUAACCCUCUUCUCCAGCACUUCCCUAUGACAACAGACGCUCUUCUCCCUCUUCAGCAACAGCAGCUGCUCUUUCCAUUUUACAUUCCUGGGGCAGAAUUUCAACUGAAUCCAGAAAUGAACCUGAGCAGCUCUUCAUUGAACUUCAGUGGAUCUGCUGCUUCACUGUUGGAAGAACAGAAAAACUCUGCCCAGCAGAGCUGCUUACAACAACAGCUUAUGCACCACCACCUUCAGCAACAGCACCAAUCUCAUUCCCACUCCCAAGGAUCGAGCCAAAUGGCUUUACUUCAGCAGAGUGCCCUUUCUCAUCCUGUAGACAAAAAGUCAAAGCCAUCUCCUCACACUGAGAAAGAAAGAGAGCUGCCAAAGGAUAAAGAAAUUAGUGAUAAAGCUGAGGAUCAUGUUCCGAAAGAUAUGUCAGACAAGUCCAAAGAAAAGAAAGAUCCUCCUCAAGCUGUUGUAAAUGUGAACCAUGACUCUGGAUUUCCUCCUCCAAGGAUUGCCUCAGAUGCCCGAGGGAAUGCCACCAAAGCCCUACUGGAGAAUUUUGGCUUCGAGUUAGUAAUUCAGUUCAAUGAGAACAAGCAAAAAGCACAAAAAAAGCCAACAGGAUCUCUGUCAGGAUGCAGUGGGCCAGUUGGUAUCACCAGAGUAGUUGACCCUAUUGAAGGAUUAGAGAAACUGGAGUGUGAGUCUUGCGGUAAGCUCUUUUCCAACAUAUUGAUUCUCAAGAGUCACCAGGAGCAUAUCCACCAGGCUUUCUUUCCGUUCAGAUUCCUAGAGAGAUUUGCCAAAGAAUACAGGGAACAAUAUGACAAGCUGUACCCACUGAGACCUCAGACACCCGAAGCUGCUGCACCUCCUCCACCGCCUCCACCCCCACCCCCACCUCCGCCUCCCCAGAGGGUACCAACACCAAAUAUACCCGUUUCUGCUCCUACCCUGACACCACCAACUGCUCCAACUCCUCAGCCUUCAGUUCCACUGGCCCAAAUUCCAAUGUCAAUGGAUCUGCCUCUCUUCUCUCCACUUAUGAUGCAGCCCAUGUCACUCCAGUCAUUACCUUCUCAGAUUCCUGCCCAACUGCCAGCUGUGGAGCCCAGUGUGGCCACUGAUCUGGCCCAGCUCUACCAACAGCAGCUUACCCCUGCCAUGUUACAGCAACAGAAUAAGAGACCUCGCACCCGUAUCACAGAUGACCAGCUAAGGGUGCUCCGCCAGUAUUUCGACAUCAACAACUCUCCCAACGAAGAACAAAUUAAGGAAAUGGCAGAUAAAUCAGGACUCCCCCAGAAAGUCAUCAAGCACUGGUUCCGCAAUACGCUCUUUAAAGAGCGACAACGCAACAAAGACUCACCUUAUAAUUUUAACAACCCUCCAAUUACAACUCUUGAAGAUACCAAAAUUGAUUCAAAGCCACCCUCCCCUGAGCCUCAAAAGCAGGAAUCAUUUGGAAAUAAGAGGUCCUCAAGGACAAGGUUCACAGACUACCAGCUGAGGGUGUUGCAAGAUUUCUUUGAUGCUAAUGCUUAUCCUAAAGAUGAUGAAUUUGAGCAGUUGUCCAAUCUUCUGAGCCUUCCAACUCGAGUCAUUGUUGUGUGGUUCCAAAAUGCCAGACAGAAAGCCCGUAAAAAUUAUGAGAACCAGGGAGAUGGAGGAAAAGAAGGUGACCGACGCGAGUUAUCCAAUGACCGAUACAUUCGUACUACCAACUUAAACUAUCAGUGCAAGAAGUGCAGCCUGGUUUUCCAGCGCAUAUUUGACCUUAUUAAACACCAAAAGAAGCUCUGCUACAAAGACGAGGAGGAAGACGGGCAGUAUGACAGUCUAAAUGAAGACUCUAUGGAUCUUUCUCAUGAAUACUAUACUCUCUCUGGGUCAUCAGGUCAAACACCAAUGCCCUCAUCCUCAAGCCUCUGCCCUCUUCCUCCUUCAUCCUCUGCAUUCUCUCACAUCACGUCAUCUGAAAAGGAGGAGCCUACACCAGCUAACACAUCAAACUGUUUUGAUGAAAAAUCAAAAGACUCUUCAGAAACAUCAUUGGGCCAAAGAGAGCAGACAUCUUUGAAACAGGAAACCAUUCAUCCAUCUGAGACUCCACAGCAGAGACCACAAAGAGAGGAAAAGACACAUACAGUCCCAAAGAAUUCAAAACUUUCUUCACCUUCCCUCUCCCAACAGCAACAGCAAAGUGGUCCCUCCAUUUCACAUACCAGUCAGACCUCCCAGAGUUCCCACAUGGCCCUUAAUCCUCAUUUAGCCUCUGCCUCACAGCAGCAAUUGGCACAGCAAAUGAACCCGUACCAGUGUGAGCAGUGCAAACUGGCCUUCCCUUCAUUUGAACACUGGCAGGAACAUCAGCAACUUCAUUUCCUGAGUGUCCAAAAUCAGUUCAUUCAUCCUCAGUUUUUGGAUCGCCCAAUAGACAUGUCCUUCAUGUUGUUUGAUCCUAGCAAUCCUCUGCUUGCUAGCCAGCUCCUUGCAGGAGCAAUACCGCAAAUGUCCAGCAACUCUGCCACCUCCCCAUCAACACCCACAUCCACUAUGAACUCCCUGAAGAGGAAGUUGGAGGAGAAGGCAGGAACUAGUCCAGGAGAAAGUGACAGCAUGAAUAGUGGAGAGGAGCCACAACGAGACAAGCGCCUCCGAACCACUAUUACACCAGAGCAACUAGAGAUUCUGUACCAAAAAUAUUUGCUUGACUCCAACCCUACUCGUAAAAUGCUUGACCACAUUGCUCAUGAAGUGGGGCUUAAAAAACGAGUGGUACAGGUAUGGUUCCAAAACACAAGAGCCAGAGAAAGAAAAGGUCAGUUCCGGGCUGUUGGGCCAGCUCAAGCACACCGACGCUGCCCAUUUUGUCGAGCCCUGUUCAAAGCUAAAACUGCCCUUGAGGCCCAUAUUCGUUCACGCCACUGGCAUGAGGCUAAACGUGCUGGUUACAACCUAGUGCUUUCUGGUCUGCUAUCUGAACAGGAGGCCAUGCAAUUGAAGAUGGAUCCUCUGGAUAUCUCGAGCUAUGCUCACCUUGUCCAGUCUAACAAUGAUGCGCAAAGUUCAUCACUGUCACCUGUGAGCAAAAGCAUGGACUUGUCCCCCAGGGCUCUCCUGAGCCCAACAUCUAUUAAGGUUGAGGGAGCAGAGGAGUUUGAAAGCCCAACCAUUUCCUCAGUUAACACAAACUUUGAUCAUAAUAAACUUGAUAAUGAUGAUUGUUCUUCUGUGAAUACAGCCAUCACUGACACUACCACAGGUGAUGAAGCAAACAUUGACAAUGACAGUGCUGAUGCAAAGCACAGCCAUAACAGUGGAGAUUUUCUCUCUAAGUCUGGGGGUGCUGUACCCUCCAUUGAGAACGAUGAACAGAUGUCCUCAGGACUGGUGAGUCCUGCAACGAGCUUCUACACAAAAGACUUUGAAAAUGAAAAUAUGAUAGACUACAGUGAAACAUCUAGUCUGGCUGACCCUUGUUCACCAAGUCCAGGGGCCUCUGGAAGCAGAAGCAUUGAUAGUGGAGACAGACCUGGUCAAAAGCGCUUCCGAACACAGAUGUCUAAUCUUCAGCUUAAGCUGCUCAAGUCCUGCUUCAAUGAUUAUAGGACUCCAACCAUGCUGGAGUGUGAGGUACUUGGCAAUGACAUUGGACUUCCAAAGAGAGUUGUUCAGGUCUGGUUUCAAAAUGCUCGUGCUAAGGAAAAGAAGGCAAAGCUCAGCAUGGCUAAGCACUUUGGUAUUAACCAGACUUCUUACGAGGGACCUAAGACAGAAUGCUCUUUGUGUGGUGUUAAAUACAGUGCUCGCCUCUCAGUGCGAGACCACAUCUUUUCCCAGCAACACAUCUCCAAAGUAAAGGAUACCAUUGGAAGUCAACUCGAUAAAGAGAAAGAGUACUUCGAUCCAGCGACGGUUCGUCAGCUGAUGGCACAACAGGAGAUGGAUCGUAUCAAGAAAGCAAAUGAGGUCCUGGGACUUGCACAACAACAAGCCAUGCAGCAACAAGGGAUGUUUGACACAUCUGCCUUGCAAGCCUUGAACCUUCAGUCAGGUUACCCAAAUCUACAGGGGAUCCCCCCUGUUCUCCUGCCAGGUGUUGGUGGGCCCUCCAUACCAGGCUUUAACUCAUCCAACUCAGCUUUAACCCCUCCGAAACCUCUGAACCUCCUGAACAUGCCUGGUGCCAGUGUACCCUCACCUAGUCUCCCCACAUCUGGUUUACCCAACAAGACCCCAUCCUCCUCUUCAUUGGCCUCGCCCAGCCCAGCUCAGGCCAGCACAUCUAUCGCCCACUCGAGCCCUACCCCCACAUCUACAUCAAACUCUUUGAUGACCCAGCCAGGCCCCCAUCCUGAUGCGCCCAAAGAUCGUGAUCCUGAGAGGGCCAGGGAGAAAGAGAAACCCAAGGGGAAGGCUGAGAAGCCCCCCACACCAUCCUCAGCUGGGGGUACUCCCGCUCCCUCCACUUCUGCUGCCAGUGCCAAGAAAGAAAAACCAGACACUGCUGUUCCGGCCACCUCGAUGCCAACACCUGGCAUGGAGUAUGUGGUCGAUACUGCGCAACUUCAAGCUCUACAAGCAGCUUUAGCUUCAGAUCCAACAGCUCUGUUAACAAGUCAGUUCCUGCCCUACUUUAUGCCUGGCUUCUCUCCAUAUUAUGCCCCUCAGAUACCAGGUACUCUUCAAGGUGGAUAUCUUCAGCCCAUGUAUGGCAUGGAAAGUCUUUUCCCCUACAACCCGGCUUUAUCACAGGCCCUGAUGGGGCUGUCACCAGGAUCUUUGCUUCAACAUUACCAGCAAUAUCAGCAGAGCCUGCAGGAGGCACUUCAGCAGCAGCAGCGGCAGCUUCAACAGAUCCAACAUCCCAAAGCAAGCCAAACGUCACAAAACUCGGUGGGCCGUAAGGACUCUGCCAAAGAUCCAGUAAAAACAGAGGAGCAAAAGAGCAAUUCCUCAGUUGAAACCUCUUCCACUUACAACAACCUAGCCACUGAGCAGCAUGAAGUGGAUGGCAAAGGUGCAGACCCCCAUCUUGACCAAUAUAUCAUCCCCAAAGUUCAGUAUCGGCUGGCGUGCCGCAAGUGUCAAGCUGUCUUCAGCAAGGAGGAAGCAGCUAUCAGCCACCUCAAGUCAAUUUGUUUUUUUGGUCAGUCUGUGGCAAACCUGCAAGAGAUGUUGCUCCGGGUCCCCAACAGUGGGAAUGCAGCAGAAGGUGGCCUCUACGACUGCCUCGUCUGUGACACAACACUAGAAGGGGACAAAGCGCUCAGUCAACACCUGGAUUCAGCCUUGCACAAACACAGAACAAUCAAGAGAUCCAGAAAUGCCAAAGAGCACGCUACUAAUUUAUUACCUCACUCUUCAGCCUGCUUCCCCAGUCCUAACACCACAUCUACCUCGCAGUCUGCCACUCACUCAAACAACACCCCAUCCCCUCCACCAACAAUGUCAGCCACCAUACCAUCCUCAUCAGCGUCUGCAUCUUCAUGCACCUCCUCCUCCUUAACAGCCACUCCACUCAACACAACAGCUACAGGCAAAUCAUGGUCCCAGGCCCCUUUCUCCAGAGCUUUAGCUGGGAAGCCCAAUACCCCUUCGUCUGCAUUGUCUUCUUUUCCUCCAGUUUCCUCUCCUUCAACGGUUACCUCAAGUUCAUUGAGCACCUCAGGGGUCCAGACCUCGAUACCAACAGACGUCUUUACCGACGAGUCUGAUUCUGACAGCAGUCAGAAGUCAGCAGACAGGCUGGGCAGGCCAGCAGAGGAGCCACAACAGCCUGGCUGUCUCAAAGACAGCAGUAGUUGUAGUAAUCUCGCUAGUGUAGGAUCGGACUCCAUCAGAUUGUAAAAGCUUUCAGUGAUGAACAAUAUUUAAAAAAAGAAAUAGAAAAAGAAAAAAAAAACACAAGACAAAAGAAAAAAA